AUGGAAUUCAUUGAAUAGGCGAACACAAAGCUACUGAUAAACAUAGUAAAAUUUGAAAACAAAAUCUCAAUAGGAUUAGAAGCUGUAACAUCACCAUAUCCAACAGUGACCAUAGUCAUUGUGGCCCAGUAUACAGCAUAAUCGUAUUUCACUAUAUCAGAUUGAUCUUAAAGGGAAUGCUUCUGGAUCCAUGAAACUUCAUUUAGUUUCUCACC